UUAGCUUUGAUGGAUCGGUCCUUUAUUUGUCUGUAAAUGAGAACACUGUGCUUCGUCUGUAUUGCGCCGCUGCAAAUGAGAAUAUCAGAUUUAAACUAUCUCUAUUUUGUGGAGAAUUAAGUGAAUGUGUGUGUAUUAUCUUCUAGCAUUGCUCGUGUUUGCUUUCUCAGCAGUGCUGUGCGUUUGAAGUGUUUCUGCUAGAGCCCGAUAGUUGCUCGUUAUCUAACCGGACAGCAGCCGAGCAUCACAGAGAAAGCUGUUCGUCCAGAAUGACUCUGGCAGUGUUCUUUGGCUGUGCUUUCAUAGCGUUCGGUCCAGCUUUCGCCCUGUUUGUGUUCACCGUCGCCAAAGACCCGUUAAGAGUCAUCAUUCUGAUCGCAGGGGCGUUUUUCUGGCUGCUGUCUCUGCUGUUGUCCUCUCUGGUGUGGUUCAUCGCUAUAAAGGCCAGUAACUCACAGGAUCUCACCCUUCAGAGGGGGCUGCUGAUGUUCGGGGUCUUCUUUUCGGUCUUGCUCCAGGAAGUGUUUCGCUUCGCCUACUACAGACUGCUCAGGAAGGCCACCGAGGGUCUGGCAGCCAUUAGUGAUGAUGACGGUUCAGCUAUUUCGGUGCGACAGAUGGCUUACGUGGCUGGGCUGGGCUUUGGGAUCAUGAGUGGAGCGUUCUCAAUGAUCAACAUACUGUCUGACUCUCUGGGUCCCGGGACGGUGGGCAUCUUUGGAGACUCACAGUAUUACUUCAUUACAGCAGCGCUGAUGACGCUGGCGCUGACGCUGCUGCACACGUUUUGGGGUGUGCUGUUCUUUGAGGGCUGUGAGAAGAGCUGCUGGUGGGUCAUCGCUGCAGUCGUCUCUCUACACUUGUUAGUCGCUGGCCUGUCGCUGCUAAAUCCGCUGUAUGAAGGCAGUCUUCCUCCUGUGUACGUCAUUACGCUGCUGAUGGGCGUCUGGGCGUUCUUCUCAUCUGGAGGAUCACUACACAGCCUCAAUGCUCUCUGCACACGUAAGACAUGAUGACACACACACACUUGACAUGAUCUUCCUUCAGCUGCGAGAUGCCAGUGAUGCCUGAGAGUGUCUAUGAGCCAGUCUGAAGCGUGAGCUCUAUAUCAGUGUUUCUGAGCCCUGGGUUCGAGCAGCAGGCUUGGAGGACACUGCUCUACAUGACCCUGAGAGCUGUUUAAAGUCAUAUGCUUCCAGAUGUUCAUCGUCGCUCUCAUUAUAGUACGCUGUGUGUCUCAUAUCAGCAGGCCCACAUGAAAACAGUGCCCAUGUUUCCACAGUUGUGGAUAGCAACAAAGUAUUUUUACUC